AUGGAUAAUUCUGGAUCUGGCCAGCUCCAGGUCCCAGGAUUCGGAGAUAUACCCAUUGAUUACGAGUUGGCUACUGGAGAGAGUUUUGCCCAUGGCGCCCUGCCAAACCACGAAUCUCGCAGAGGUCGAGCAACCCGUUUGACGAUUACCGAAAUAUUCAUACUUCGUACUAUGGAACGACUGAUGGGGAUAUCGAAUUGGGAACAUGAUAUCAUUGACGAGAACAUUGUGGCUCAAUGGUAUGCAGUUGUAUUAUCCGAGUCGAAGUCGACUGAGCAACGGGGCCCAGAAGCAGAUGAUUCCGAUGUGAUUGUGGAUAUGGAUCUUGUUUCGCAGGCGAAAUGGAACUGGUGCAUUGCAGAGUUGCAGGACAAGGCUAGAGAUCUUCGGAAACACAAUUUUGUCUUGACUCUGAAUGCCGAUUCAGGCGUUUGCAAAUCAGAUCAACUAGUUGGAGAACUGUUUCAAAAUGAACUGCAAGAGUUUUUCGUCGAAAAUCAUCUUCCCUGCGACCGAAGAGGGGUAUCCAAUGAGAAAGAUGAUAUGAGUCCUAUUCGUUAUCCACUGCGCAUCAAGACCUAUAGAUUCACUAAAAGUGGCAUGAACGCUCAAUCCGAACCAAAGAAGCUUAGAUACUACAACAUAGAUGCAUCUGGUCGCCGCUCAAUCGAAGUGACAUGGGACGCUUACAUCGCACUGGUAGAACACUCCCUUGCAUUGCCAGAGCCUGGUCCAAAGUAUGAAAUGGUCGAUGAUGGCCCAGAAGAUACUAGAGGACCUGACGAUCUCUUGGCCGCAAUGACGCCCGCUAUGCGGAAUGGCUCGGCAAUGGAUGAACUAGAGGAAUUGAUGGAGAUCAAAUAG